AUGUCUGCAGAACUUCGCGGCACGGGCGAUGCGACUCCCGACCCUCUGCCUGCUAUGGCUACGACGACCGUCAAAAUCGACGGGAUGACCUGCGGAGCAUGUACCUCUGCGAUCGAAGGCGCGUUCAAGGGAGUUGAUGGUGCUGGUGAUGUCUCCGUCAGUUUGAUCAUGGGCCGAGCUGCCGUGCAGCACGACCCCUCCAUACUUUCGCCGGCCAAGGUCGCGGAGAUGAUCGAAGAUUGCGGCUUCGAUGCCACGGUUCUGUCGACUGAGGACCAAACUAAAAGCGCAUAUACCGGUACUCUGGACGGCCGCACAUCGCGAUCCUCCAAGACCACCCUUGCGAUCGAGGGUAUGACCUGCGGCGCGUGUACAUCUGCGGUGGAAAGCGGGCUGAAAGAAGUCGAGGGUGUCAACUCCGUUGAAGUAUCACUACUUUCUGAGCGCGCCGUGGUCGAUCACAAUGCAGAGAUCAUCCCGUCUGAGCAACUUGCAGAGAUCAUUGAAGACCGAGGAUUUGGAGCGCGGGUGCUGGAAACAAAAGCGUCGUCGGCAGGACCGGAAGAUGCAUCUGCGCUCGCCGAUAUGGUGGAAGAUAAGAAAGGCCACAUGAUCACGACCGUGGCGAUUGGAGGUAUGACAUGUGGUGCCUGUACAUCCAGUGUCCAGAGUGCGUUCACCGAUGUGGACGGCCUGAUCCAGUUCAACAUUAGUCUGCUUGCGGAGCGUGCAGUGAUUGUGCAUGAUCCGUCAAUUCUCACGACCAAAGAUAUUACAACAAUGGUGGAGGAUGCUGGAUUUGAUGCGUCAAUCGUAUCAUCCGAGGCGCAGGAACCGCUCUCCAGGAAGAUCCAACAUGUCAGCCUUAGUCUACACGGAUUACGAGACGGCAGUUCUGCUUCGGCCCUCGAGGAAGAUCUUUUGAGGAAUCCGGGAAUCAAGUCAGCAUCGAUUACUAUGUCAAACUGUCAACUGGCUGUUGCCUUCGACACAUCCGUGAUUGGGAUUCGAUCCGUUUUCCAAAUGAUCGAGGCUGCCGGGUAUAACGCUUUGCUCACAGACUCAGACGACACCAAUGCGCAGUUGGAGUCAUUGUCCAAAACGAAAGAAAUCCAGGCAUGGCGACGCGCGUUCGCAACUUCGGUGUCCUUUGCGAUUCCCGUGUUUUUCAUCAACAUGAUUUUGCCAAUGUAUAUGCCCGGGCUCGACUUUGGCAGGUUUGAAUUGUUUCCAGGCCUUUUCCUUGGAGACCUGAUUUGUCUGUCGCUCACAAUUCCUGUGCAAUUCGGCAUCGGACGACGAUUCUAUGCUACUAGCUAUAAAUCUCUUAAGCAUCGGUCCCCGACGAUGGAUGUCCUCGUCAUGCUGGGAACAUCCGCUGCCUUCUUCUACAGCUGCUUUACGAUGGUUAUGGCCAUCUGGGAUGAUCACCACAAACGUCCGAGUACUGUUUUCGAUACCAGCACUAUGCUCAUCACCUUCAUCACUCUGGGACGCUGGUUGGAGAAUCGGGCUAAAGGGCAAACAUCUGCUGCCUUGUCCCGCCUCAUGUCCUUGACUCCAUCUAUGACGACUAUUUAUGAAGAUCCUAUUGCAGCAGAGAAAAUGGCCGGUGGGUGGGCUGCUGAGGGUGCCACAGAUUCCCCGAAGCCGGCUUUUGCAUCUAGUGAUUCAUCUGUGAAGCAGAAUAUUAUCCCUACAGAGUUGAUCCAGGUUGGAGACGUUGUCAUUCUCCGUCCGGGCGAUAAGGUCUCCGCAGACGGGGUGAUUAUUCGAGGCGAAAGCUAUGUCGAUGAAAGCAUGAUCACGGGAGAGGCCCUCCCAAUCCACAAGAAGAAAGGAAGCCACAUUAUUGCUGGCACUGUCAAUGGCACAAGUUCAGUCGAUUUCAAGGUCAUUCGCGCUGGCAAGGACACUCAGCUGAGUCAGAUUGUGAAAUUGGUUCAGGAUGCGCAGACCAGCCGGGCUCCAAUUCAGCGCAUGGCUGACAUUGUCGCUGGGUAUUUCGUCCCAACUAUCAUCGGUCUCGGUCUGGCCACUUUCUUCGGCUGGAUGUUCCUCAGCCAUGUUCUGUCUAACCCACCCGUGAUCUUCCAAUCCGAAGAUAGUGGUGGUCGCGUCAUGGUCUGCUUGAAGCUCUGCAUUUCCGUCAUCGUCUUUGCAUGCCCCUGCGCAUUGGGCCUCAGCACACCAACCGCUGUCAUGGUUGGUACAGGAGUUGGCGCCGAGCACGGGAUCCUUGUCAAGGGAGGCGCCGUGCUUGAAGCUGCUACCAAGAUCAACCAUAUUGUCUUUGAUAAGACAGGUACAUUGACAACUGGUCGAAUGAGCGUGGCUCAGGUCCGUAUCGAGCCUCACUGGACCACGAAUGAUUGGCGCCGUCAGCUGUGGUGGCUUAUUGUCGGCCUCGCGGAGAUGGGCAGUGAGCACCCGAUUGGCCGGGCUAUUCUGUCAGAGGCCAAGGCUCAGUCUGGUCAUUCCGGAGACGAUGGGUUGCCUGGUAGUAUCGGUGACUUCGACGCGAUUGUGGGUAAGGGCAUCUCGGCUUUUGUGGAGCCUACAUCCAGCGCCGAACGGAUCCGAUACCAAGUCCUACUUGGAAAUGCAGAAUACCUUCGCUCCAAAGAUGUCGUUGUGCCUGCAUUGGUUGAUCCCAACUCAUCGGAAGCACAGGAGGCAGCUCCUAAGCCCAGCGCUGCCGCCUCCGGUAUCACACAAAUUCAUAUCGCCAUCGACUCUCGCUAUGCUGGAACUAUCUCUCUUCGCGAUAGUGUCAAGGACACGGCAGUGGCUGCAGUGGCUGCCCUACAUCGCAUGGGCAUCUUCACCUCCAUGGUGACGGGCGACACGCUCUCCACUGCUCUUUCAAUCGCCUCAGCUGUUGGCAUUCCAGCAGAUUCAGUCCAUGCAUCGGCGUCGCCCUCCGACAAGCGAGCCAUUAUCUCAGAGCUCCAACUUCGCGGAGACCGAGUUGCCAUGGUCGGUGACGGCAUAAAUGACUCGCCUGCCCUUGCUACCGCAUUGGUAGGCAUCGCUCUAGCAUCGGGUACAGACGUCGCCAUGGAAGCAGCCGACAUUGUCCUCAUGCGGCCAGAGGAUCUUCUCUCCGUCCCUGCUAGUUUGUCUCUGUCUCGCUCGGUGUUCAAUCGCAUCAAGGUGAACCUAGUAUGGGCCUGUCUGUACAACAUCAUUGGCCUCCCCUUCGCCAUGGGCCUCUUUCUCCCCUUCACAGGCUUCAUGCUCCCCCCAAUGGCCGCCGGUGCCGCCAUGGCUGCGUCCAGCGUCUCGGUGGUCGUCAGCAGUCUGCUGCUGAAGCUGUGGCACCGUCCAUCGUGGAUGGACGUCAAGCGUCUCGAGGCAGAGCUUGGCUCAGGCGCUAUCGCCCGCGAUGGCCGUUCGUCUCACGCCCGCAAGGCUAAUUGGUGGAUGCCUGCUACCGUACUCUCCACUGACAGCCCACACUCUCUGCGUCGUUGGGCCGGCGAUACCGUUUCUGCGCUUUGGUCCGUAGCUACUGGCAAGCGGCCUGUUAUUCGUGAGGACGAAGGAUAUGUCCCACUGCAGACUGUUGAGCCUGUCUGA